UAAUGCGGACAUUCCCUUCCUGUCCGAUUCGUUUUCGUGAGUGACGACAACGCUUGCCACGCUUCCGCAUAAAUUGUUUACGGCGGUGGGGUUAAUUAACGAAAGAGUUUGAGAGAUUACGUUUUUUAUUCGCGACGAAAUGAUUAAUAACAACUUUGUGCGCAGUUUGGCCAGCAAUUUACUCGUUAGAUUUGAAAGCAUGGUGCCUGUGAUUUGUUCGUUAAGUGCGAUUUAAAGCGAUUUCUUAAAAAAUCGAGGAUCUAAAGAAAGAAAAAGAAGAAUCGUUACGCUGACGCUUAUAUUUUCGUUGGUCUUCUAUUUUUUUUAUCUCUACUGUCGCAGUUGACAUGUCGCCAAAUAGUGCGUUUGACAACCGGAGCUUCACGUUUCACGUUCUUCCUGAACAGAUUUACUUGCUGCACUUCGCCGAGGUGUGAAACGAUUUACCUCCGUCAACCGAUGUUGCAAGUACACGCUACUGUCAGGAGCUGGUUGCUCAUUGAUAUAUUGCGGAGGACGUUGGAAAGGCUAAAGCUACCUCGAACAUGGACCAGCUCAUCGACAUAGACGAUGACGAGGCUGAGAUGCGCUCCUCCAAGAGCUCUUCGACGAGCUUGACCUUUGGCUGCAUCAGCUCGAACUCAUUGUGCUACGUCGUGAUCACGAUCGCGACUCUGGCCUUCCUCGGCACCAUCGUCUUCAUCUGCCGGGACUACAUAAAGCUGCUUCUCUACUGGAUCGAGCACCAGAACACUUGGGUGAUCACCAUCAUCUUCAUUGGCUUGUUUACGGUGGUGUCGUUUCCAAUCGUGAUUGGCUAUCUGUUCCUCAUCGUCGCCAGUGGCUAUUUGUUUGGCAUGGUGCGUGGCCUGGCGAUCGUUAUACUGUCCGCGAAUCUCGGCAUUGCGAUCGCCCAUGUAACCCUGGGCCUGCUGUCCACCAGGCUGCCGAUAGGUGCCCUCCUUCAGAGUGACACUGCGAGGGCGAUUCUGCGGGUAAUAUCUGGGCCGCAGGCCUUCAAGAUAGUGCUGUUCGCGCGGCUCACCCCGAUUCCCUUUGGUCUUCAGAAUACUAUUUUUGCAGUCAGUAACAUAGGUGGUUUUCAUUACCACAUAGCCAGCGCGAUAGGUCUACUACCUGCCCAGUUCGUCAAUGUUUAUCUCGGCAGUAGCCUGAGAUCGAUGCAGGACGUAUUGGAAGACAGAUCCACAGCGGCGACUGGCUACAUAGUGUUUUGCUUCCAGAUAUUAGUGGGAGUAUCGCUAAUGGUCUAUAUUGUACAGAAGGCGCGAAAGGAGCUUCAGUUGACGUUGCUCGAGGCUGAUCUCGCGUCUAUGGCGAAUUCUCCUCACUACAUUUUGGAUGGUCUACCAGAUUCCAAAGUCAUUUUAACGAAUCUAAUCGCGUAAUUCUUUUUCUUUUUUUAUACUGAACGUUACAAUCCAUUUUGAUGGCUCGUAAUUUUAUUGCGAGCAACACAACUCCGACUUCUUUCUCCACAUAAAUUAUUAUAUCUUUAAAUUAUUAUAUCUCUGUGUUAUUUCAGAAAUAUUUUUCGUAUAUCUUCCAGAAUUGUAUUUCGCUAAGACUUAUUGAUGAUGCUUUCGAGAAUUUAAGCUUUCGAAUGUGGCAUUGUGUGCAGAAACUUGUCACAGAGAGAUUAUGCACAUAUUUAAGUCUUACUAAAGCUAAAAAAACGUGAUUUUAGUAACAAAAUGCUCAUAGAGCAUGUGCGGCGUAUGUAUAUUUUGAUUUAAAAACAAGAAAUGAGUAAAAAAGGGAAUGAAACGGAAUUGCAGAUCCAAAGCUUCCUUGCAAUAAGAGCAUGCUGUAAUUUAUAUAUUGCUCAUAUGUAAAUUAGAUGUAUAUACACAUAUGUAUAUAUAUGUAUACAUAUGUACAUCUAAGAUUAACGAUAGAGACUGAAACUGUACAUUUAUACCUUUUGCACUGUUAUCAAUUAUUGAUGUUUUUUUAGUUCUUUAUAGUUCGAAAUCUGUUAACAUAAUGAUUAUUAAUGUGCAUUUAUCCGUUGUCUUCUUGUGCAGUAUAUUCCAUUUGUACAUUGUAUUAUAUAUAUUAUAAAGAGAGAUACAAUUACAUCUGUACGAUAUAAUCUCCUGGAAGGAGAUUGCGUCCCGGUGAUAUAAAAAAAGAGAAAAAGAAAGUGAAUAAUAAAUUUUUGUCAUCAUUCUU